GUGUUAUCAGAACGUUUCAGAAAAAACAUUAAAAUGGAGGGUCAUUCCAUUGAUGGAGAUUAUUUUUCCUAUGAAGGAGGGGUUGGUGAAUUACCCGAUAAAAAAAGAAUAGAAGAAGUCAGAAAACAAGAAGAGAAAGCAAAACAACAAAACAAAGAAAUUAGGGAAAAAGUCGAAAAAGAAGGCUGUCCUCCUGAAAAUCAUUCUUUUCAUUUUACAGAAGUUGACAAAAACUCUUCCAAAAUCCAAGAAAUCACUGGUAAAGAAAGCAAGGAAAAGGCAAAAGUUGAAAAUCCCUCUAAUUCUGAUAAACGAGAACGCCAAAUAGAAAAAGAAACUAACCAACAAAAUCAAACUCAAAAAUUAGACAGUAAAGAUAACGAUAGCAAGAAUAUUUAUUAUGGAAUAGGUGCAGUUUCUUUAACUCUGUUGGUGAUAAGUGCGGCAAGAUGGUUUGACCGAAUAACAGUUAAUUUGAGUAGUUAUUUUACUGCUUUUUGUUCUAAUAAUUUGGAUAUUGGUAGAAGGAAGGAGAAAGUGAAUCAAUUAGAAUAUAUUAAAAAGGCCGGACAAGCCGUCAGCAACAUUUUAAAGAGGCUAAAAAAAGAAAUAAAACCUGGUGUCUCGGGGAAAGAUUUGGAUAAAUUAGCCCGGCAAUUAAUGUUAAAUAAAGCAUAG